AUAAUUAUAAGACGGGCACGAUGGUCUUCUUUGGGAUCAUAGGAUUUUGCUUUUUGCUCUAUCAUCUCGUCUACCUAGUCGUCGUUAGAUUUUUGGACUGCGACAUUAAAUUAUUUUUCUAUGAUAAAUUUGGAAAUUCCGUAGAUACGCUAUGCGGCAAAGUCGUGUGGAUAACCGGGGCUUCCAGUGGUAUUGGAGAACACUUGGCAUACACGCUGGCCAAAGGAGGCUGUAAGAUUAUUCUGUCAGCGAGGAGAGAGGUCGAGUUGGACAAAGUCAAGAGCAACUGUUUAACCGCAAAUCCAAACUUGCAGGAUCACGAUGUGCAGGUGUUGGUUUUCGAUGUACGAUCCAUUGGGUCUCAUGAGAGGAUCUUUGAUAACGCAAUGUCUAUUUUUGGUAGACUCGACAUACUUGUCAACAAUGCGGGGAGAAGUCAACGAGCCGUCUGGGAAGACAUUGAUAUUGCAGUGGAUAAAGAGGCAUUUGAUUUGAAUACAUUUUCCGUUGUAUCUCUGAGCAGACUUGCAAUCAAACAGUUCAAUCGUCAGGGUAGCGGACAUGUGGCCGUGACCUCGAGUUUGGCUGGUAUAUUGGGUGUACCGUUUUCUGCAUCGUACACAGGAUCAAAACACGCUAUUCAUGGAUAUUUCGACUGUUUGAGGAUGGAGAAAAUGAAUCAGAAUAUAGCUGUGACUCUUGUGUGCCCCGGACCUAUACAAACUGACUUUUUAGCUGAAAGCUUUACCGAAAAUGUUGGAGAAAAAUAUGGAAAACAGACUGAAAUUGCUUCAAAUAAGCUAUCUGCAGCUCGUUGCGCCAAAUUGUUUGGUUCAGCUCUGGCAAAUCGUCUAGAUGAAGUAUGGAUUGGUCAUGCCACCAGUCUUCAACUAACAUAUGCAGUCAAAUAUUACCCCAACUUGAGUUCGUUCUUCAUGCCAUUCGUGGGAGCAAGUGUCAUACAGAAAAUAAGGGAUUCCAAAGUCACAGUAACCGUACAAGAGUAAUUAAAUCAACUCAUUAUGCCAAAAUACAUGUCACACCCAUUUAAUGAAUUAAAUCUCAGCCAUAUUUACAUUGUGAUAAAAUGAGCAUGGUACAAAAAAAAAAAGAAACCUGUACAGACUAAUAGUUGUGUUU